AGCAUUUAGUUUGACAUUCCUAGCGCUUUUCCUCAUAAUAUAUACUGCGUUCUUGAUUAAAUACUUGUUUCAUGAUGAUCCUGUCAUGCAGCAUAGUACCAAAAAUACACAUCAAAUACCAGUCCCUGUGGGGAUUGACAUAGCGCUAGACGAUGUAAGAGCGGAUGAUAGUUGUAAUAACUAUUUAAUCCAACCAAAGAAUGCUGAAGAAGAUGAUGAUUAUUAUGGUUAUUUCACACAUGAAAAUAUAUUAUAUUACGAGGAUCCAAACAUAAAUCCAGAUGCCAUAGCAUUUGUAGAAGUAUCAAUAGACGUAGAUGCUUCUAUUGCUAAGCCCGAAUCGCCACUGAUAGUAAUUCUUGAUGCUGAAAAAAAUCCUCUAAAACUCCCAAAUGGUGAACUUAAUAGCUCAGCUAUUGAUCAUUUGCCUAACGAUAUAAGAGAAUGUGUCACAAAUAAUAUGUAUUAUGUGCCUAGAGGGCAGAGGGCACGUAUAAGCUUUAAUAGACAUCUAAGAAAUGUAAUUAAUUCAGCGUUCAAAUCUACUUUUGGAAUUUCUUCAAAUUAUAAAGAAAAACCUUACAUUAUGUCCAAUUUUCAGACUGAACCUAUUGAAUUAAAUACCUUAACCGACGGAGUCUUAAGUAGUAGAAUUCUUUUAAAUGCACAAUAUUUCUUCAUUAACGUAGAGACUGAACAAAGAACACGAACUGUAUUCAGCAUGUUCGGUCUCGUGGGUGGUGCUUAUGGUAUAGCCUCGGCAUUAUAUGUGGUUUUAUUUGGAACAAACGUGAUCCGUCCUUGGGGUUGUGUGCAAUAUAGUUGUGGAUUACGCAACAGAACCCAAAAUAAACUUCGAAAAGAACUUCCGGUAAUCCCACUAAUUAACAGUAAUCCUGAAAUAUUAAAUAUUUCACGAGAAAAUUCUCGUGAAGAACUUAUAGCGUUACUACAUCGUGUUAAUUCCUUAGAAGUUUUCUUGAGAGAAUAUGUAGUAGACAUAAAAUACUUGAAAGAAUUAAAAGAAGAUGGUGUAACGAGGGAAGUUGAGGGAAACGAUAUGCUUCCUAUCAACGUUAAUUACAAUCAUUACAAUAACGCGUCACCAUAG